AUGUCUUCAAAUUCAAGUCCAAAAACUGGAAAAUCAAGUACAAAACAAAGUAAUGAAGCGAAGGAGGAGAUCAUUGUGCCGUGUGGUAUAAAGGAACCUCGUCCCAUGCCAUAUUUAUUUGAGAAGGAGCUGAUAAAUCGGGCCAAUAAACAUAUUUACGUUGUGGAUGAUUUUGUUCCAUCGAGGAAGGUACAUCACAUAACAGCCAAAUUUUAUGCUCAUCAUGAACAAAAAGAGCCCUCGAAUGAACGAGAAUAUCGUAAUUUCAUAGAUCGACCCUGUCCGGAAAGACAUCAAACAGAAAACAGUGUUUAUGGAUGGAUGCCCAGUAGCCUGCAGGACACAAAAUUACUUAAAGAAUUGAAUUUUAUUAACGCGCCCAAACAACGGUGUUGCCUUACCAUUUACGGAGAGAUACUGCAAAGCGAUAAGGUGACCGAGAGACCUGGCUUUAAUGGUCUUCGAUUUCAUUUACAAUAA